GGGUUCCCAGCGCCCGGGCCUGGAGCGCGGGGGGGGCUCAGCCCCGAUGGGCGGCAGGGGAAAGGGCCGGGUCGGGCCUUACAGCGGGGACCGCCCCUGGCACCGCCCGGGGCUGCUGUAACACCCCCCGGGCCCGGGAUGGGACCCCCGGGUGCUCUCCGGCGGCACAGCCACCUCCCCCUCGGCCCGCGAACCCCCUUCCCCUGCCGCUCCCCGGCCUGCGAGCGGCCCCGGGACUCGGGCCCAGGGCCCCACACGGCGGGGUCCCCCCCACACCGUGUGACCUUCUCCCCUCGGCUGCGGCGGCCGUGGGGCGAGGCCUGGCCCUCCCCUGCCCGCACUUCCGCGGGCACCGGCCGCGUUCCUGGGGCUCCUGGGCUGCAGGAAGGGUUCGGGUGCAGGUUUAGGUUUGGAUUAGGGGGACUGGAUGCUCUCUGUCUGUGCUGGUAGCCUGUGACACCGUGAGAAAUGAGCCAUCAGGGACUCGCCAAGCCAAACCCAGGCCAAGGAAUGGGGUCACUGCCGGGAGGGUCACAGCUCAGACCAGCUCCUGGCACCACUGAGCCAAACUGGAUUUCCACCGGUGACCUGGGAGCAGUGAGUCCCGUGCGGGCGCGUGCCCUCGGCCAGCAUGACCAGCGAGGUGGUGGAGAACGAGUUUGAGUUUUACUCCAAGGCAGAGAAGUACUGGAAGGAUGUGCCCGCCACAGUGGAUGGCAUGUUGGGGGGCUAUGGCCACAUCUCCAGCAUCGACAUCAACAGCUCCAGAAAGUUCCUGCAGAGGUUUCUGCGGGAUGGCCCCAACCGGACGGGGACAACCCGUGCUCUGGACUGUGGGGCUGGCAUUGGCCGGAUCACCAAGCGGCUGCUGCUGCCCCUCUUCAAGACAGUGGACAUGGUGGAUGUGACAGAGGACUUCCUCACCAAGGCAAAGAGCUACCUGGGUGAGGAGGGCAGGCGGGUGCGCAACUACUUCUGCUGCGGCCUCCAGGACUUCAGCCCUGAGCCAAACUCCUAUGAUGUCAUCUGGAUCCAGUGGGUCAUCGGACAUCUCACUGACAACCACCUCUCUGACUUCCUGAAGCGCUGCCGUGCCGGCCUGCGGCCCAACGGCAUCGUGGUCAUCAAGGACAACAUGGCUCAGGAGGGUGUGAUCAUGGACGAUGUGGACAGCAGCGUCUGCCGGGACCUGGACGUGGUCCAUAAGAUCAUCCGCAGAGCUGGGCUGCACCUCCUGGCUGAGGAGCGCCAGGAGAACUUCCCUGAUGAGAUCUACCACGUCUACACCUUUGCCAUGAGAUGAGGGCAGUGGGAAAAGGUCUCUCCCAUGUCGUGACUCCCCUUCCAGGGGCUGGUGACAAGGACGGGACUUUGUCUUCCAAGUUGCUGCUGUUUGUGAAAAGAGGUGUUUGCCAAAUACAUUUUCCUGCUGUUGCA